ACGUCAAGGUUCUAUCGGAGCUUCGGAAUUAUUUCUCCACAAUGAAACUUUUCGGAGCGCUCCUCGUUGCUGUCUCAUUCUGCGCCGUCAAUGGCUGGUACAUGCCGAAUAAACGAAGGACCAUCUCGUUGGACAGCGUAGGUUACCCCGUCGCCUACGGCGGCUUGGGUAAUAGUUUCGCAUCCACGAUUCCCAUGACGUACGCCAACAUCAACCAAGAACUCGUGGACCCGUGUGUUCUGCCAUCCGUGUGUCGAGUGGCUACCUUCAAACCAGACAUUUACUCGAGUUUCUACCCUCAAACCGUUAUGGCGUCGAACCGUGCCGUCACUCCUGUGAGCAGCAUGAGCACCGCGCAGUCUCUCGGGAGUUCUAACACUGUUUCCGUAGGCGGAGGAUACAAAGUCAUGAGUUCUUGAAUAAAAUGAUCGACCGAGAUUGACAUAUAGGCAACCAA